AUGGCAGACAGUUUAACCUUCAGAGACUGUCGGGAUGAAGUCUGUUCGGACCGAGAUGACAUCCCGUUGAACGAGUCAGGGAGUGACCACAGCAUCGACGACGAGAAACAGGAGUAUCCACCGACAUCGAAACUUGCUCCAAUCCUAAUAGGACUGUGUUUCCAGUCUUUCUGCAUUGCCCUGGACAAUACAAUCCUCUCAACCGCUGUCCCCAAAAUUACCGAGCAAUUCAACUCAAUAAGCGACAUAUCCUGGUAUGCUAGCGCUUACCUCGUGACGACAUGUGCUGUCACCCUCCCGUUUGGCAAGAUCUACACCUAUUAUUCCACCAAAUGGACAUAUAUGAUCGCCCUGGCCUUGUUCGAGAUUGGAUCCUUGAUAUGCGCAGUGACUCCAACUUCGAAAGGCUUAAUUAUAGGGAGGGCAAUCGCUGGUGUUGGGUCAGGCGGCCUGUCCCCGGGUGCUUUGCUGGUACUUGCGAACAGCGUGCCCCUUCACCGUCGUGCACUUUAUUAUGGCAUCAUCGGCAGCACCAGUGGAAUCGCAACCAUUACAGGGCCUCUGCUAGGUGGAGUAUUGACUGACCAUGUCAGUUGGAGAUGGUGCUUCUGGAUAAACAUACCUUUCGGUGCCCUCACUGGGCUUGUGAUAAUCUUUUGCUUCAAAGAUUCGAUGAAGAUAAAGCCCAAGCUCGACACACUUGGGCAACUGAAAAGAAUGGACCCACUUGGUAUCCUUGCCUUCAUACCCGCAAUAGUCUCAAUACUACUGGGCUUGCAAUGGGCUGGGACCAAAUAUGAUUGGGAUAAUGCACGGAUAAUUGCGCUCUUUGCCCUAUUUGGCGUCUUCGGUUCCUUGUGGUGCUACAUCCAGAUUUGGAAACAGGAUGAAGCUACGGUACCGCCGCGUCUACUCAAGAAUCGCGAUGUGCUUGGUGCAGUGAUACACGCCACCUUCCUUGGGGGAUCCUUUUUUGUGUUUGGAUACUAUCUCCCCAUUUGGUUCCAAGCAAUCAAGGAAGAUUCCGCAUCCGAGUCUGGAAUGAACAAUCUUCCGAUGGUCAUGGCGAUGAUUGUUUGUUCCGCUUUAGGAGGUCUCCUGGUAAACAUUAUUGGGUACUAUACGCCCCUAAUGUUUGUGGGAAGCGUAUUUCUCACAAUUGGCUCUGGCCUAUGCACGACCUUUGAGAUUCAUACCGGACAUGCGAAAUGGAUUGGCUAUCAAGUGAUCAUUGGAGUCGGCGCAGGACUCGGUUUCCAACAGUGCAUCAAUGCUCUCCAGACUGUAUUGUCCUUGGAUGAUAUACCAACUGGAAUUGCCAUCAUUACUUUUGCACAGAGUCUGAGUGGUGCGAUAUUCAUCUCAGUUGCUCAGACUGUGUUCGAAAAUCGUCUUGUGGCAAGCAUUUCCACAUAUGCCCCGAAAGUCAACCCAAGUUCGUUGAUAGAAGGCGGCGCAGCCAACCUGUCGCAACGUCUAUCCAAAGAGGUUCUUCCAUCUGUGCUCUAUGCUUACAAUAUUGCUGUCACCCAGACAUUCUACGUGUCUGUAAUUGCUGCAUUACUAUCCUUCGUCGGCGCUGGGCUUGUUCAAUGGAAAUCAAUGAAGAAACCACAGAAACGGGACCCCGAAGAUUGA